AUGCUGAAACUGUUUGCGUCAGAACCCAGUCAAUCUGGCAUGGAUACAGAAGCGCUCCUGUCGGAACUCGAUGUGUCCAAAGCCUCAGAGACAGCCAUCCGUCUGGCCCAGGAUUUCUCGUGCCCAGUGUGCCAGAAUCACGUGCAACCGUCCAGCGCAUUGCCAGCAAAGAGCUCACGUCAAUGGACGUUCAAUGGUCGUAUUGGCAUGGAUGUGAAAUAUUUGCCUGGAUGGAAGCCGAAUCAACUGGUGCCAUGCGUGAGCAUCGUUGAUUACGCGACCUCACUUCAAGUCAUGGCUCCGAUCUUUGAGCGUGAGUCGGCCGAAGUGCUGAAAGGAGUCCUUCGAGAUUCUUGGAUAUCGUGGGCUGGUCCGGCUCAGGUGCCAACUGAUCUCCUCCGAGAAGAUCCACAUGUAGCGGCCUCAGAUGCCAUCCUCAUGGACAGUGGAAGCCAACGGUCGAACGAUAUCCGUCAGAAAGCACGUCUCGCGGUGCUGCAGUGCCAAGACCAUCGCGCCCUCCGAACGGCAAUUCGAGCCCAAGAACCCCUGACUGCAGCAGAGAUUCGAGCAAGCCAAGUUCCAGAGCAGGUAAAUGCGACCUCUCCACCCGUGCCCAUGGACACGAGUGAACAGAUCGAACCGGUUAAAGAUGAAGUUGAUGCUGAACUGGAUGCCGCCUUUGAGCCCUCGUCGUAUGGAAGCAUGCAUGAUGGUUCAAAACGCCGCCUGUGCUCCAAUGAGUCAGCUCGCGACCAUGGCUUCGAGAUGGUGAAUGCAUCUUCCGGACCCAUGCCAUCAUCAACGACAGUUCAUCAUGCGAUGGGAAUGUCCGAGAAACACCAGAAGCCGAUCCCACCAGGAAAGGCCAGUGGCAAAGAGAAGGCCGUGGUGUUGCCAAAUGGCAUCAGCUCCUUGACCGAAUGGGGAGCCACCAUCUGCACCUUGCCCAAGGUCAAGAGUCAACACCUCCGCUACCACGAGAUGCUGACGAUGAGCCAUGAAUCGAAGGACAUGUGCAGCUACCUGCAGUGGGUUCGCACCUCCGGCAUUAGCUCCGCCAAGGUGCAGGACCUGAAGUCCUAUAUGGAGGCAAUGAAUUUCACGCCAGGCCCUUCGUCAAGCAAUGUGACCUAUCCUGGCACGCAGAUCGUUCGCGAAUUUUGA